AAUGCGUCUAAUCGACUUCGCUGUUAGUUGUUUAUGAUUGAAACGUAAAAUUUUCUUAAUUAUUUUUUGUAUAACUAAAAAGUUAAAUAUGAAUCUAACAAAGAUUUUUGGUUUUUUGAGAGGCGCAAAAUGUGCUCUCAAUAGACGAAUGCACUUGUCAUUAUACGGUAAUGUAAAUACACAAGCAAGAUGUAAGAGCAGUGAAGUUAAACUGAGGAGGCCUACGGUUAUUGAGACAAAUAGAUAUCAAAAAUUGGAGGAAAAGAUUGGUCUAUAUGGAUAUUCCUUACUGGGAGUACCUGUUGUUACAUUUGCACUUGGUACAUGGCAAAUUAAGAGAUGGAGAUGGAAGCUGGAUCUAAUAGAAAAGCUAAAGCAACGUACUUCAGCAGAGCCAAUCGAUUUGCCAUCAGACCUAAACGAAUUAAAAGAUAAAGAAUAUUAUCGUAUAAGAGUGAAGGGGAAAUUUUUAUAUGAAAAAGAAUUUUUGAUAGGACCUAGAAGCCUAAUUAUUAAUGGGGAAGCUGUUAGCGAAAAAGGUGGUGGAAUAUUUUCUCGCAAAACAAGUUCAGGAUAUUAUGUGAUUACGCCUUUCAAACUGGAAGAUAGGGACUUGAUUAUUAUGGUAAAUCGUGGAUGGAUUCCUAGAUGUGAUCGCUCAACAUAUAAAAUGAGAAAUAAGAUUAUAGACCCCAUAGAAGUUACUGGUAUUAUUAGAGCAACUGAAAAGCGACCUCCAUUUGUGCUCAAUAAUACACCUGCGAAAGGUGUAUGGCAUUACAGAGAUUUAAAUGCAAUGGCAAAGGUAGCAGAAGCAGAACCUGUAUACAUAGAAUUAUUGGCCGAAUAUAAUACACCUCAAGGUCCAAUCGGAGGCCAAACGAAAGUGACUUUAAGGAAUGAACAUUUGAGUUAUAUAAUCACUUGGUACUCGUUGUCUGCCUGCACGAGCUACAUGUGGUUCCGACAGUUUAUACAGAAAUUACCUCUUAUUUAAAUGCAUUUAAAUAUUUAUAUACCUGCUAUACAUA